CCAUGCACACCCUCCUUAUCCUCACCAGCUAACCCGAGAUUCACUUCUUUCCGUGAGCAUCGGCUUGACUCGCAUCUCUCUUCUCAUGUGAAUGAGUGAUAACUCAUGUCGUCUUACCUCAUUUAACUAAGCCAUGCCUACUUUCCUCGAGAUUUGGUUGCCGCUAUGGGCGUGCACGUCAAGCGCACUCCUUUUCAAAUAUCUCACUGAUCCUAGCGGUGCGAAGCCAGUUACCACUCUCCUGACUCUUGAGCUUUGUUCGUUGGGAUUAUGGGCAAUUUACUGGAUGAUUCUUUAUCCCAGCUACUUCACGCCAUUCCGCCACCUGCCUACUCCACCCGGACGGUCAUGGCUAUAUGGGAACCGGAACAAGUUCAUACCCGACAACGCCUGGGAAGACGUUCGAACCGUCAUUGAAACUUUGCCAAAUAAUGGCCUGAUACGAUACUAUGAGGCCUUUAGUAGGGAGGUGCUGCUGGUCACCAACAUAGAGGCCAUCAAGGAAAUGAACAGCGUGAAGCCCUUCGACUUUGGCCACCCCAAGCAGGUCAAGUACAUGUUAGGAAGGAUUACGAGCAGCAAGUUCAACUUUUUAAGUGAGCACGGACACAAACUGUUUCGCAAGCAUCUUAGGCCCGCCUUCACAGUCACGCACACGAAGAAGCUGAUGCCGGCUAUGUGGAAGAAAUCUGGUGAAAUGGUCCGGAUCAUCGAGACUGAGUUGCAACGUAACCCGGAGACGGUGAUUGACUUUCGUGACUACAUUCGCCGAGUGAUGUGGGACACGUCUGGCGUGGUCAUGAUGGGCCACGACUUUCAGACACUUGGGGACCCUGACGGCGGGAUCCGAGACCGAUUUGCCAAGCUACUUGCCGAGUUCAGUGGCCCAGCGUGGAUCAGACUGAUAAUGUACUAUAUUGAUCUACGCCCAAUCCUGACAUUUCUGUCACCUCUGUUCAUGAAGACCUCGUUGGGGAGGUCGCUGAACUACAUCCGCCAUAAUAUCUGGCAAGUCGUUGCGCAAAAGGAGGAUAAAUUCCGCAAAACUGGGUCCUUGCAAAAGUAUGAUGAUCUGGACAUCACAAGUGUCUCUGUGGAGAGUGGUAUAUUUCCAACCAGUGAACUCAUCGACAAUGGUAUGCUUUUCCUCACUGCAGGCCCCAACUCCACGGGAACGGCUAUCGAGUGGGCUCUCUACGAGCUUGGAAGGCGACCAGAAAUGCAAAAGAGGCUGAGAUCAGAGAUCAUCGACGGAUGCCCCGUUUCUAUGGCCGCCGAUGAAAUAGGACCAAAGCUUCAGUCCCUGCCAUAUCUGAGUGCCGUCUGCAACGAGGUGAUCCGAUGUUAUCCCUUUGUCCCCUUGAGUCCCAAGGUGGUAGAGAAAGAUACAACUCUUCUAGGCGAGCGUGUGCCCAAGGAUACUGCUAUCCAGGUUGCUGUCGAAUUUUUCAAUCGGGAUACGAAGCUCUGGGGCCCUGAUGGCGACGAGUUCAACCCGGACCGGUGGCUUGGCGAAGACGCGUCCACCACAGGGGGCGCUAUUAGCAACUUCGCCAUGUUGUCCUUCGGUGCAGGACCCAAUAUUUGCAUCGGUCAGAAUCAAGCGCGCGCUAUGCUGGCCUGCCUCGUGGCCGCCAUUGUCCGACGGUUCGAUAUUCAACUGGCUAAUGCCGAAACAGCGGGGAAACUUAGGCCGGCGCCUUUCAAGAAGUCGGAGGAGGGCAUCAUGGCUAAACUCAAGAUAGUGAACGUGUAGAGGAUAUCGGAAAUCUCGUCUACGACAUAGAUCGGUCUUAUCGUGGAUAUCUCAGUCAUGAAUUCAAGAUGUGGGUGUCACGGAUCGUAAAAACACAACAAGCUUGGUUCCUGAUGCAAAUGCUCCGCCCACCUUGAUCUACUGAAAGGAAACGUAGAAUCAUCUAUCUGCCCAAGCUCUGUUGCACUUGAG